AGGACGCUUUGUACUCCUGCCGCCGCCUCCUUCUCCUUCUCCUCCGCCUGUUCUCUAAGAGUAGAGGAGGUUGUGAAAGCGGCUGGAGGACGUAGCGACUGAUGGAGGAAGGAGGCGGCGGCGUGCGGAGCCUGGUCCCCAGAGGGCCGCUGUUACUGGUCCUGUGCGGUCUACUGGAGGCGUCCGGCGGCGGCCGAGCACUGCCCCAGCUCAGCGAUGACAUCCCCUUCCGCGUCAACUGGCCCGGCACCGAAUUCUCUCUGCCUACAUCUGGAGUAUUAUAUAAAGAAGAUAAUUAUGUCAUCAUGACAACUGCACAUAAAGAAAAAUACAAAUGUAUACUUCCUCUUGUUACAAGUGGGGAUGAGGAAGAAGAAAAGGAUUAUAAAGGCCCCAAUCCAAGAGAGCUUUUGGAACCACUAUUUAAACAAAGCAGUUGUUCCUACAGAAUUGAAUCUUAUUGGACUUAUGAAGUAUGUCAUGGAAAACAUAUUCGACAGUACCAUGAAGAAAAAGAAACUGGCCAAAAAGUAAAUAUUCAUGAAUACUAUCUUGGAAAUAUGUUGGCUAAGAAUCUUCUGUCUGAAAAAGAACGAGAAGCAGAAGAAAAAGAAAAGUUCAGUGAGAUUCCCACUAAAAAUAUUGAAGGUCAGAUGACACCCUACUAUCCUGUGGGAAUGGGAAAUGGUACACCUUGCAGUCUGAAACAGAACCGACCCAGAUCAAGCACUGUGAUGUACAUAUGCCAUCCUGAAUCUAAGCAUGAAAUCCUUUCAGUAGCUGAAGUUACAACUUGUGAAUAUGAAGUUGUCAUUUUGACACCACUCUUGUGCAGUCAUCCUAAAUACAGGUUCAGAGCCUCACCUGUGAAUGAUAUAUUCUGCCAAUCACUGCCAGGAUCUCCAUUUAAACCCCUCACACUAAGACAAUUGGAGCAGCAGGAAGAGAUUCUGAGAGUGCCAUUUAGGAGAAAUAAAGAGGAAGAUUUGUCAUCUGCAAAAGAAGAGAGAUUUCCAGCCAUCCACAAACCUAUUGCUGUUGGUUCUCAGCCAUUGCUCACUGUUGGAACAACCCAUAUAUCCAAGCUGACAGAUGACCAGCUCAUAAAGGAGUUCCUUAGUGGCUCUUAUUGCUUUCAUGGGGGUGUUGGUUGGUGGAAAUAUGAAUUCUGCUAUGGCAAACAUGUAUAUCAAUAUCAUGAGGACAAAGAUAAUGGGAAAACUUCUGUGGUUGUGGGAACAUGGAACCAAGAAGAGCAUGUUGAAUGGGCUAAGAAAAACACUGCUAGAGCUUAUCAUCUUCAAGACGACGGUACCCAAUCAGUCAGGAUGGUGUCACAUUUUUAUGGAAAUGGGGAUAUUUGUGAUAUAACUGACAAACCCAGACAAGUGACUGUAAAACUAAAGUGUAAAGAGUCAGAUUCUCCUCAUGCUGUUACUGUGUAUAUGCUCGAGCCUCACUCCUGCCAGUAUAUUCUUGGGGUUGAAUCUCCAGUAAUCUGUAAAAUCCUAGAUACAGCUGAUGAAAAUGGACUUCUUUCUCUCCCAAACUAAAUUAAAAUUGAAGGAAAAAAAGAUGAUUGAAAAUCCUCACUUCCUCUUGACCAUUGAGCCCUGUCUACAGUAUCACAUGAAAGGACUGGCAACCUCGAUGUGAAAUACAUGUGUAUAUAAGAGGUCAUUGAUAAACUUGUAAGGCAGACAUUUGUCUCACUUCAUUUAUUUUGGUGUUAUAUGAACUGAUUUUGUUUUGACUUUGCUUGGAUAGUGUGAUUUCAAAAUUGAUUCAAGCAGAGUUCACCCCAUUCAAAUGUCAUAAUCUUGUACUUGUCGAAAUACUUUUAAGUAUAAUACCAAUUGUGUAAAUUACAGCACAUAUAAUGAGUGAAAGAAGUAAAGAUAAUGAAGAGAAGUUGCUAGGAGAGUGUUGGAAUGAGAGGACAUGUAAAAUGUGUACAAUUCUGUGGUAGCUGCUCUGGGCAGGCACUGAACUAGAAGUGGGACAGAUGACUCAACACCACUUAUAUCUCAAGAGACUUUUUAUGACAAGUUGCUCCUCUUCCCAAACUUUUAUGAUUCUUCUUAUAAGUGACUUUAUUACCAGUGUAUAGGUUGGUGUCUUCCCAAAAUUAGAAUGGUUCAUUCUAAAACUUACAGGGCUGGCUCUCUAUGGUGCCUGUGUGCAAUUAUUAUUAUAGGUUAUAAAUCUUAAUUCUGGACAGUUUUACAGCAUAGUAUUUAUUUCUAAGAGAAUAAAGUUUUCAUAAGCAGUCUUUUCAUGUAA